CAGGCAUCCCAACACCGACUGCAACAGAGUACAUGUCGCUGAACGACGUUUGCGGACCUCUGGGGAGUCUACAUAAGCUGCAGUUUUUGCGAUUUUGAAUAUGCUUUGCCUGCGGCCCUUUUCACGCCUUUCUGGUCAUCACAACGCACGCCAUCUGUUCGAGGUCCAAACGAGGGUGUCGGUUUUCCGAUACCCAUUACUAACCCAGAGAGCAACACGGGGAUUGCGGACAAGAACUCGUGCUGCGACAAUAUCUGGUCGCAGACUACUGCAACGUCUCGUACCAGGAUGGUUUCUUGCAGGGUCGAUAUUUGGAGGCACCGCUGUCCUAUCUUUUAAGCUGGGAGAAAUACGGGCUUGGGGUCCCUGGCCGAUACCAACAAUAUCCGUAGGGUCUAUGGAAGAAGAUUCUCUUUCUAUCAAUGAGACAACGCCAGCAACAAAACCACACUUAUUUCCAAAGAUACGUGACAGAGGAAAGAGGUCAAACUGCGCUUGCAAUCACGCUUUUGUUGCGGACGCUGUCGAGAAAGCAAUAGGGUCCGUUGUUAACAUAUCAGUUGAAACCGAUGCAUCCACCCUUCUGCACAAAAAGUCUCUUAUCUCGUCGGGAUCCGGAUUUUUCAUCGAUGAGAAGGGAUCGAUCCUGACGAAUGCACAUGUAGUUACCGAUAUGGCGACUGGUAGUACGCUUACAGUGACCACAUGUGACGGAACUCAAUAUGAAGGGUUCAUUCACAGCCUUGAUACUCCUAGUGACUUGGCUGUUGUAAAGAUCAAACCCCGACCUACCGAUACUCCAGUCAAAUGGCCCGUGUUACAGAUGAGCUCUAACCUAAACUUGAGACCGGGAGAUUGGGUGGUGGCAAUCGGUUCCCCAUUUGGGCUGCACAACACGGUGACAGCGGGAGUGGUCUCAUCAGGACGGCGAAGAAAUGAGGAGAUAGGAACCGGAAGCGAUGUGCGCGUGGAAUACAUACAAACUGAUUGUGUAGUACAUGAGGGAAGUUCUGGCGGUCCUUUGAUAAAUCUUGAUGGCGAAGUCGUCGGCAUCAACACCACGCGAGCCGAAAGCGAGGGAAUAAGUUUUGCCAUCAGGGUAGAUAAUGCGAUGGAUAUCAUUCAUCAGCUUCAUACACAAGGAAGAGUUGUACGGCCGUGGCUUGGAUGUCGUAUGGUCACCUUAACGUCGCAAGUGCGUCAACAAUUGAGAAAGCAAGGUCCUAUGACGUCGAUUCCGCCCACAUCUGGGGGUGUUAUUGUGACAUCUGUUUUCCCAGACUCACCGUGCGCCAAAGCCAAUCUUGGAGAGGGCGACGUGAUCGUGGCGGUAAAUGAUACACCUGUCCACAGCAGUCAGGAGGUAUUCAAAGCUAUGGGUCUUAAGAUUCAGCAGCCAGUGCGCUUUACAGUCAAGCGCAGCAUACCGUUAGACAUAGAUUGGGAUGGGCGGACUCGCCGGUGGGAGACGCAGGACGUUGAGGUUGAAGUCACACCAGAAGAGUUUGAUGUUGAGUUGCAUGGUGAUGGAGCAUGACAUGGAGUGCAGUUAGGAUCAAGUUGAUGUUUCCUGGGUGUAAGGGUGAUCACGUACGGUGAUCCUAGCCAUAUGACCGACCUUUCUCGUUGGUCAUCGGAGAUGACGAGCAUAACCCUCGUACAUACAUGUAUCAUUUUGCUACUUCUUAAUUUACAACAUCACAUUGAGCACGUAUGUAUUCAAAUC